UUUAGGUUAGGUUUGUGAAUUACGUAUUUAUUUUAUUGUUAUAUUAUAAGUAUAAAUGAUACUCAAUACUGUUUUUCACCGUGUUAUAAUUGUUGGUGAAUAUGAAUGACGAAUAUGUGCACUCUGAUAGCAAUGUAAUAUAUGUCGACCAAAAUAUUCCAGGACCCUUUGAGGACAGUGUUGAAUACAAUAAUAUAGUAUGUAAUUUUAACUCUCAGCUAAUCAACUACUGCAAAUGCGAUGUAUCAUGCUCCAUUGAAUCUUGCCUAUGCUUGAUGAAAUCAGGGGAUGCCAAUUAUGAAAUAGCUGGAUGUACAUUAAACUUCGGCAAAGAUAUUGGUAAUUCAUCUUAUCCAAUUAUAGAAUGCAACAGUUUAUGUUCCUGUUCAGAGAACUGUGGAAACCGUUUGGUUCAGAAAGGGCCACUUGAUUGUUUAGAAGUAAAAACUUGUAGCAACAUAUCAAAGGGUAAAGGACUCUUCACUACUAAGGUCAUUUCUAAAGGUACUUUUAUAUGUGAAUAUGCCGGUGAGAUUUUAACUCUGGAACAAGCGAAGAAGCGACAUAAGUUAAAUGACACACUCAAAAAAAUGAACUAUAUUUUUUGCCUCAAUGAAUAUUGUAAUGGCACCCAAUAUCAGAUGAUAAUAGAUCCAAGUGAGGUUGGCAAUAUUGGUCGCUACAUCAACCAUAGCUGUGACCCUAACUGUAUCAUUGUUCCUGUCAGAGUUGAUACUCCUUUACCUAAGUUGGCAAUAUACUCUCAAUUAGAUAUAGCUCCUGGUUCUGAGUUAACAUAUAAUUAUGGCACAAACAGUUUUGGUAGUUCAGAAGAAGCAGAAUGUAGGAAAAAAUGUUUAUGUGGCAAUAAUAAUUGCAUCGGUCUGAUGCCUUCUGACAAAUAUUGACAUUUUAUACUAAAUGUGAUGCUGCUAUUGCUGCUGCAACGAUGGUGAUGGAAGAAGCAAUAAAUAAAUAUUUACAAACAG